AUGAGUCGACAUUCUACUGUUAAAGAACAUGUCUGUGAGUUUUGUGGUAAAGCUUUCUUAAGAAAAUCAGAGUGUGAAAUUCAUGUUAGAAUUCAUACAGGAGUUAAGCCAUAUUGUUGUAAUAUUUGUCAGAAACGUUUUGCUCGUGCUACUGAUCUUAAGAUUCAUAUGCUUUACCAUUCUGAUGAAAAGCCAUUUCAAUGUCCAUUCCCAGGUUGUACUUUACGUUUUAAACGUAAAAAUGAUGCUAAAAAACACUUAAGAAUACAUGUCAAAAAAAUUCAUGGAAAUGUUACAGAACUAAUGUCUCCCCAUCAUUCAGCUUUCAAAGCUGUUCCUAAACAAUUAAUUCGUCUUGAAUCUUAUGGAAUAAUGUAUCAUUGUAAUUAA